AUGGGCUCACACAUGUUCGCAGGCGUUGGUCCCGGUGUUACAAGACUGACCGGCUGGACAGUCUGUAGUGUCUUGACAGAAGCCCUCGAUCGGCUCACAGAGCUGUGUUUCCAGGUUGCAGGUCUCGCCCUCACUACAGUCGGCUUCAUUGGCACAGUAUCCGUCAAUAUUCUCACAUGUGUUGGACUCUGUAUUGCAUGUCUGGCCUUCUUCGCAGUCGCUCUGGCUCUGGCAGAAUCCCGGGAUGUCCUCGCAGGAGUUACUUUCAUCAUCGCAAUAUUGACCAUCGAGACAGUCACCAUCACCGGUGCAGGGGGCUGGGGCAUCUUGGCAGGUAUUGGACUCGGUGUUGCAGGUCUGGUCUUGGCUACACUGGGAAUCAUCGACACAGUAGCCAGGAAUGUCCUCACAAGCCUGGCUGGCAGAGUUGCACUGUUGACCCGCCGGGCACUGGCUGUCGUCAGUGCAGGUGUCGGAGUUGUCCUUGCAGAUAUUGAGGACGAGAUUGCAGGACUGCCCCUCUUCGCACUGGUCCUGCGAGCCGCAGAAAUCGGGAUCGUUCUCGCAAACACUGGUGGCAGUGUUGCAUAUCUGACCGGGGGAGCAAUCGCCAUUAGAAGCGCAGUAGCCGGGAAUAUCCUCGCAAAUGGGCUCAUCAAUAUUGCAGCUUUGGCCUUGCUCGCAGUCCUCGCUAGAAGUGCAAUAGCCGUCGAUAGGCCCGCAGGUAUUAUCCACCAGGUUGCAGUUCUCGCCUUGAGGGCAUUUGGAGUCAUUUGUACAGAAGCCAGGAAUGUCCUCGCAAGUGUUGCUCCCCGUGUUGCAGAACUGGCCUGCCUCGCACUCGUUGUCAGCUUCACACUCUGGCGCUUCUUCGCACACAUUGGUAUCGAGGUCGCACGUCUGGCCAUUGCCGCACUCGUCAUCAGAGCUGCAGAAGCCGGGAAUAACCUCACAAGUCAUGCUGUCAAGAUUGCAUUGUGUCCCUAG